CAGAGUUUAUCUGGGCGGUCAGCAGUGGCACAAACUGUUCCUCCACUAUAAUUUUUUGACGGCCAUCAAUCAGUACAGCCGCCCAGAGUAGGGACUGGAUUUGCUGCUUAACCUUGCUGUCCCAUCCUCUUUUCUCCUCCUGUACCUCCUUUUUGACACCAGGAGCAGCAUAUCUUUCAAAAUGCCAUCGAUAACCAAGCCCAAAAAGCCGAAAUCGAAGCGUACCCCCGUACGCCUCAGGCACAAGAUCGAGAAGGCCUCGGCCGCGAAGCAACGCAAGACGAGAAAGCUCGCCAAGAAGAACCCAGAAUGGCGCUCCAAGCUCAAGAAGGACCCCGGUAUCCCGAACCUGUUCCCCUACAAGGAGAAGCUGUUGAACCAGAUCGAGGAGGACCGCAUCCGGAGAAAGGAACAGGAGCAGAAGCGUCGUGAGAUGGCCAAGGCGGCCAAGACCGGCCAGGACACCAAGACCGACGCCGAUGGCCAUGUCGAGCAGUUCGAUGAUGAUCUGAUGGACGAUGACGAUGCUAUGGAGGAGGACGGCAGCGACGUUGACGACGAGUCGAACCCCCUUGCUGCCCUGGUAGCCAGCGCCAGGAAAGCUGCCGAGCAGUACGACCGCGAGCUCCAGAGCGGCGACGAGAUGGACGAUGACGAUGAGUCCGACGACGAGGCCGAUGGCGAACCCACACAGUCCGGCGUUAUCGAGGUUCCCGGCGGCGCCUCCUCGCGCAAGGCCUUCGACAAGGUCUUCAAGCAGGUUGUCGAGCAGGCUGAUGUCAUCCUUUACGUCCUCGACGCCCGUGACCCCGAAGGCACCCGCUCGAGGGACGUUGAGCGUGCCGUCAUGGCUGCCGCCCACGGUGGCAAGCGUCUGAUCCUCAUCCUCAACAAGGUCGAUCUGAUCCCUCCCCCGGUCCUCCGCGGCUGGCUCACCCACCUGCGCCGCUACUUCCCCACGCUGCCGCUGCGCGCGUCCAACCCUGCUCCCAACGCCCACACCUUCCAGCACCGCGACAUCACCGUCCAGAGCACCAGCGCCGCUCUCUUCCGUGCGCUCAAGUCGUAUGCCGUCUCGCGCAACCUCAAGCGCUCCAUCCAGGUCGGCGUCAUCGGCUACCCCAACGUGGGCAAGUCUUCCGUCAUCAACGCGCUCCUCUCCCGCCUCAGCAACAGCCGCGGCCAGCACAACGCCUGCCCUGCCGGCGCCGAGGCCGGCGUCACGACCUCGAUCCGCCAGGUCAAGAUCGACAGCAAGCUGACGCUGCUCGACUCUCCCGGUAUCGUGUUCCCUUCCACCGCCGGCAACGCCACCUUCACGCCCAAGAACCAGACCGAGGCGCACGCCCACCUGGUGCUCCUCAACGCCAUCCCGCCCAAGCAGAUCGAGGACCCGGUCCCCGCCGUGACGCUUCUGCUCAAGCGCCUGUCGGCCACCCCGGAGCUGAUGGACAAGAUGAUGAAGGUGUACGACCUUCCCCCCUUGCUGCGCAACCCCAAGAACGGCGACCCCACCAUGGACUUCCUCGUCCAGGUGGCCCGCAAGCGCGGCAGGCUGGGCAGGGGCGGUAUCCCCAACAUCCAGGCUGCUGCCAUGACCGUCGUGACCGACUGGCGCGACGGUCGUAUCCAGGGCUGGACCGACGCUCCCGUCUUGGCUGUAGCUGGUACCGCCACUGCUACUGCUACUGCUCCUGCUAGUGGCAAGCCUGCUGCCGCCGCUGAUGAGCCCCUAGCGGAUCAGAAGGUGAUCGUGACCGAGUGGGCCAAGGAAUUCAAGCUGGAGGGUCUUUGGGGAGAUGAGGAGGAGGAGACGACGACCCCGGAUGUUGAGAUGCAGUAGUAAAGCGAUUAUUCCCCUUUUUUCGUGUCUGUUGACAGUUGUUGUUGUUGUUGUUGUUGAGCAUUUCUUUUUUUUUGGUUGCGUCGGUCGGUGGUCAAUGUCGUAAUGAGUAACUUUGUUGUUGUUCUGUAUGUCAGAAACACACACAAAACAACGAACCCCGGAACUGGACAUACAUCUUGUGAAGAGGCGUUUUGGCGUCAAGGUGGGAAAGAAAGAACCAAAAGGAUGACAGGCAGGCAGGCGGGCAGGCAGAAUAUAGGUCAAAUAUAGUCCUGAUUAUAUACACCUUUUCUAUGACAAA